UUUUUUGUCAACGUUCAAUUCGCCGCGCAAUGUUCGCAUCGUAGCCGAUUAAUUAAUCAAGUGUUUUCGCGGCGUGACACGUUUCUACCUGAGAUUCUCGUAUAUCUCGUUUGUGCCUCCGUAAUUAACGCGUUGAAUUGUUCCCUAUGAUGCGAUACGGAAACGGGAAUAUGUGUUAGUGCGAUUGUAACGCGGCAGCUCGUGACUCGCGUCGAUCGUAUGCAAAUCCAAAUAUAAUCUGGCAGAGCCGGUGACAACGAGUAACGGUCGAGAAACCUUAGGUGAUCCGAGGCGAUCGAAUUUCGAAAUCGACACGACAACAUCGCAUAAUGGCCAUGCAGUUACAGGUGUGUCCAAUCGUGAUCGUUUCACUUUUUAUUACUCGUGCCUCGAAGGUACAACGAACCGUGUCGCACUGUUCCUCGAAUUAACUUGGACGCAGCAGAAAAUUAUAUCGAUGAGAUGUCAUUCCCACUUGGUUCGACAAUAAUAUUUAUCAAUGAAUGAAAUAAUCCAUCUGACCUUUUUUAUCAGAGUAAUCGCAAGUAAUUAGAAACGAUAUAAAUAGCAAUAACGAAGUAGGAAACCUCGAAAAGUUUUAUCAUUCUAUCCGAUCGAGAGUUACAAGAGCGUUUGAUGGAAUUGCCAACGACGCUGUAGAACGUUCAAUUGACCAUCUGUCGACAUGUGUGUGUUUGCGUGUCUCGUUUGAAAAGAAGCAACGAGAAGUCACGUAAGGACCGAGGAGGAAUAAAAAUACCUUCUAACGACAAACGUAGGAAGCGGAAAAUUCAACGCCAUUUUACGCACGCCGAGAUCCGUAACCGAGAUUACGCGAUAUUGCUUCGUCAUCGUUAUGAUUUUUCAAGGUGUUGUAAAAAAAAGAAAAGAAUCACGGUAUCGUCUGAAAGGUUUCCGAUUUCAAGGAUCAGUCAAGUGUCGUUUGACGUAGUAACGAAAACAGUGAUCAUUCCUGCUGGUUCGAGCAUUUCGCAUUCGUAGUUCAUCGUAUCAAGACGUUAACAAUUCGACAAGAACAUGCACUGUAUCGGACUAGCGUUGAUCACAAGGAUCAUCAGCACCUACACCAUGUCGCUGUCAAUACUUAUGAUAAAUCUGUUGAUGAGCAGAUAUUUUUCGAAAAUAACGGACGAAGAAUUCUUUAAUUCCGUUGAAAAUUGGGGUAUACUUGGUUUUAAUUGGUUGCAAGUUUUGAAAAACUUGCAAAUAAGGUAUAAAGCACAAACAGCCGUGAUUUUCUUCCUUGUAUACAUAGUAUCGUUUUUACUGGCCAGUGCGUAUCUCGCCUUGGGAUCAAUUUCCAGGAAACCUAAGUGCGCCGUGCCUUGGAUUUAUUUGCAAGUGAUUAGCAUAAUAGAUCAGUCUGUAGCGUUGUCUAUUCAUCUGACGCACGAACAGCAAUAUGAUGUUUACGAUAAAUCAAUAUGGUACAUUCCACUGUGCAGUGUCUAUCUAGUAUUUUCUGCUUGCAUAUGGAUGAUUGUGUAUAAUGCUCGGAAAGAAUGGAUCGAGGAACAACGGAAUCAUACAGAUUUACCACUAACUUCAACCACAUCGACGAUGCAAUCGAACAAUGGCGGCGGAUUAAAAUCGCCAUCGUUCCUCUCGCAGAAUUUUUUGAUGUUCGAUUCACCGAGACCAUCUCCGAUAUUAUCCAAAUAGCUAAUACACGCAAACUUGUGGACUCUUUGGACUUUGUCCCUAUGUUGCACUUUCCAACAAGAAAAAACCAGAAAAGAUUCGAAUCUUAAGUCCGCGUAAUAACCAUUGAUCACUCGCAACUAAUGGAAUGUGCGGAGAGCAGGCAAACUACCAGAAUACGAUGAAUCUCGGUCCCGUAACUGGGAAAAUGUAUAAUAAUGCGGGUAACUCGAUAAAUCAGUCCGGGGAUGCGACUAAUAGAGUGUAUCAAAUGCGCCCACGGCGGAGCGUAGCUGCAUAGAAAAUUUGAGAAAUGGCCACGUUUUACGUCGAAAUACUUUUAAACUUCCGGGAUUUGAAUCGCACGCAAGCAUAUUCCCCAUACGAGGACCGGCGUCUUCUAGAUGGAAGUCGAUUUGUCCAAAAAUGGUUGGAACUUUUCUCGAAACUCUCGAGAAUAAUGAUCGAGCGUACAAUAGCUGAUAGAAAAAGACCCUUCUCACGAUUUAUUUCGGGCGUUUCACCACGUUCCUAGGCGAUCAUUUGCGUUCGUCGAAUAGUAACGCACCAACGAGCGCAACUUUUACAAUAUUCUAGAAUAUCCUUUCACCGCGCAAAUGUUUCUCAAUUUUGUGUUCCUUACACGAGAGUUAGGUUAAGCUCGAAGAUGUCGUCAAUUUACGUGAUUAUCGAUAACAAGAUAUAUCCUCGACGUAUAAAUUGACGCUAGCAAAAACUUUCGUAAGCUUUCCGUUGAACGAUACGGCUGCGAACAUGAAGGACAGACACAGUGGGGUACGCGACGUGGUUGGUUGGUGGUGCUUUUAAAAAGAACUGAGCGAGCCAAUUUGUAGACUGUCGCAAACUUUUAAAACACUAGUUGACAGCCGGUCCGCCCCCUCGCAACUUAUACACCCUCCUCGACACUCGUCCAACCAUCCAGAAGGAUUCCAACCACCAUUCCACGUUCCUCUCUAUCUCUCUCUCUCUCUCUCUUUCUCUCUUUUCCUCUCUCUUUCUCGUCUUUCGACUGAAGUACCUACCUACCAGUAGACGGCGAAACUCACCCCUCCGUGUCGUGGAAGCCGAUGGAUUGUAAAAUAAAACUAACUUGGCUCUUUCGUGGAUCGAGAACGAAGUACCGGCGAAAUCUUAUUCCCUCGAGUCUCUUUUAUUUUCGCGUACCCCUUUUUUUCCACCAACCAGGGUGCAAUCACGAAAAAGAACUCGACGAAGAGUAGAUAUGUACCACGAAGGAGUCGUGCUUAUUCGAAAAAACGAAGAGGUCUUGAUCUGAGAUUAAAUCAAUUGAAGAUCGUAUUUGCGGCUGUUACUUCCUUAAAAUAUUUCUUGUAAAUUUGUAUGAUACUUAGUACUGAAAUAAGUCUGAAAUAAACGGGUACUUGUAAGCU